GUGGCCGAUUCUGCUCAGCAGCACAUCAGCGGCGCCAAACUUCAGCAGAGCAGGAGCCACAUGACAAGCCUGCUAGCAAACCACCGCUUCUAGAGGCACCGGAACCAUGUUCGUUGCUCACAGGAUCGCAGCUGACCAUAAAGAUCUAAUCCACGAUGUUUCCUAUGAUUUCCACGGCCGGAGAAUGGCGACUUGUUCCAGCGACCAAAGUGUCAAGGUUUGGGAUAAAAGCGAGAACGGAGAGUGGCAAUGCACCGCCAGCUGGAAGACACACAGUGGGUCCGUGUGGAGAGUAACCUGGGCUCAUCCAGAAUUCGGCCAAGUUCUGGCCUCCUGCUCGUUCGACAGAACAGCCGCUGUCUGGGAGGAGAUUGUCGGGGAGUCCAACGACAAGCAGAGAGGGCUGAGCCACUGGAUAAAGAGAACCACACUAGUGGAUAGUAGAACAUCGGUGACAGACGUGAAGUUUGCUCCUAAACACAUGGGUCUGAUGCUGGCCACCUGCUCUGCGGACGGAGUGGUGAGGAUCUACGAAGCCCCUGAUGUGAUGAACCUGAGCCAGUGGUCCCUGCAGCAUGAGAUCUCAUGCAAGCUAAGCUGCAGCUGCAUAUCAUGGAACCCUUCAAGCUCUCGAGCCCACCCCCCCAUGUUCGCUGUGGGCAGCGAUGAUAGCAACGUGGCGUACGGUGGGAAUGUUCAGAUCUACGAAUAUAAUGAAAACACAAGGAAAUACAGUAAAGCAGAAUCGCUGAUGACGGUCACCGAUCCAGUCCAUGACAUAGCAUUCGCCCCCAACCUGGGGAGAUCUUUCCACGUGCUCGCCAUCGCAACUAAAGAUGUCAGAAUAUUUAAGCUUGUUCCUCUGAGGAAGGAGACCACCACCUCGGGACCCACCAAGUUUGAGGUGCGGAUUGUGGCUCAGUUCGACAACCACAACUCCCAGGUGUGGCGUGUGAGCUGGAACAUCACCAGCACCCUGCUGGCCUCGUCUGGGGACGACGGCUGCGUUCGCUUGUGGAAAGCAAACUACAUGGAGAACUGGAAGUGCACGGGCAUCCUGAAGGGGGACGGCAGCCAGCUGACGGGCUCGUCCGGUCAGCCCAUGGCCCUGAGCACGGUGGUGGGCUCCUCUGUUCAGAACUCCCAGAACAUCCUGAAUGGGAUGGCAGCAGGAAGGUAUUUCUUUCCACCUCUGGAUCCUCCCAGAGGGGGGACCAGGCACGGCCACCUGCUGCCUCCUUCCUCCCUCAUAGAGCACUGUGAUGCCGAGGCUGUGCAGCAGCCGCAGCCACUGGCUCUUCCUCACAGACACUCCUCCUCCAGGGCGCUGCUGUCCCUGCCAGAAGCUGAAGAGCAAUGAUUCAAAGUGUUUACCUUUAUUAGAAAAUGUAAUGCUGUACUAUGAAAAGGAAAACAAAGAAUAAGGUCAUUUACUUGUAAUAAAUUCUUUUCUUAAGCUUUCAA